AUGGAGUCCGAAAAAGAGCUAUCGCAACCCCCGCGCGAGCAACCCGUCAACUCCAUCGAGAAUGACGGUGCGAUCACGCGCGAAACUUGGAAAAUCAUGAUGGAUGUGGUCCUGGCAAUUUAUGACUACCGAGAAGAGGAUGGUCAUGACCCGUCACGAUUGUUCCAUCGCAGUGUCAACAAGCGCUAUGUUCCCGACUACUAUGAGAUCAUCAAGGAGCCGAUGGCCCUGAGUAUUUUGAAAGCGCGCAUCAAUAAACGGGAAUAUAAGCACUUUUCCGAAUUUGUCCGCGAUUGCGCCUUGAUCCCACACAAUGCGCAGACAUACAACAGACCUAGAUCACAGGCCUAUGAAGAUGCUCUGGUUGUCAAAGUAUGUCGGAGUGAACUCGGUCACCCUGUGCACUCAACUGACAGUUUCCAGGAAGUUUUCGCCGCCGAGUUCAAAAAGCUGGCCGCCCAAGGCCUGAUCCCCGCCGACGAGGCAGAGCUACCCGAUCUCGGAGAGAUCCCAGAGGCCGAUCCGCUGCCGGAUGAUGAGGAGGAAGAGGAGGAGGAGGAAGAAGAUGAGGAUGACGACUCUGAGGAUGAGGGCCGACGAAGAAAGAAGCCCGGUCCCAAGCCCGGCUUCAAGCGUGGGCUGACUCAAAAGCACGAACCCGACCUUCGCAAGAAACGAGGCCGUCCUCCCCGCGUGGACACACCUAUGGAAAUCCGCAUCAAAACAAUUCUGAAGGGAAUUCGGAAGUUCAAGGGCGCCGGUGGCCACCUGAAGAUCACACACUUUGAACGCCUGCCCGACAAAUCCGCUUAUCCGGACUACUACCUGGAGACUAAGGAACCCAUCGCCAUCGAUAUUAUCAAGCGCAAGUCCAAGCGCAAGAAGUACAACUCCGUCGAUCAUUUCAUGCGGGACCUUGACCUCAUGUUCGAAAAUGCCAAGGCGUACAACCAGUCGGACAGUCAGAUCUUCAAGGAUGCGGUUGAUCUGCAAACCGAGUCACGAAAGUUGGCCGAACAAGAAAAGAAGAAGCCUGAUAGCGAGUUCUUGAUGGAAGACGGACGCUUCCCACUCCCUGAUGGUAUUCUCCACCGCGGUGAACUGUGGAAGGUUGGCGACUGGGUUCAUAUCCAAAACCAAAAUGAUGUAACCAAGCCCAUCGUUGCACAGAUCUACCGAACCUGGCAGGACUCCGAUGGGGAGAAAUGGAUCAACGCAUGUUGGUACUACCGUCCUGAGCAGACCGUGCAUCACGUCGACAAGCACUUCUACCCCAACGAGGUUGUGAAGACUGGGCAAUACCGAGACCACCGGAUUGAUGAGAUUGUGGAUCGCUGCUUUGUUAUGUUCUUCACCCGCUACAGCCGUGGUCGCCCAAGAGAUCUUGCACCGGAUAAGGAAAUAUACGUGUGUGAGGCUCGCUACAACGAGGAGAAACACAAGUUGAACAAGAUCAAGACAUGGGCCAGCUGUCUGCCAGAUGAAGUGCGAGAGAAGGACUAUGAGAUGGAUCUCUUUGAUGUGCCGCGCAAGAUCAAGAAAAUUCCCAGUCCGAUCAAACACCUUCUCAGAGAGGAUGCCAAGGAGACCGAUGACCUUCCUCGGCCGACCUGGGGAACCGACAAUGCGCCCCCUCUUGCCGGCGCUGUUCACCGCCGUCCACGAGACGAGAAUGAAUCACCACCACCCGAGCCAACUCCAUCCCCGCCUCCUCCUUCCUUGCCUCAGUCUGUAGUACCUCGUCAAUCACUGGGCCUGGGCCAAUCACUUUCCAGAACAGCCAUGAGCCCAGGCACUGCUGGACUCCAAACACGUACUCCAGCACCCCCAAUCAUCAUACACACUACUCCCGCCCCCAUUCGCCCACCGGGCUUCCAUCAAAUGACCCCAUCCCAAGCCUUUACGGCGUCCCUCCAGCGCCGCGCAAGCAACCUUGCUACCCCGCAAACCCCAGCAGGCUACCAGCCCUCACCAUCGGCCCAGCAAACCCCCGCCACCGGCUACUCUCAAAGCCGCAUGCAAGCCCCACCAGCUGUGUACAACCCCAACGCACCGCGACCCAUUGAAGUCUUCCACCUGAGCGACACAGCCAACGCUGCCAUCCCUGAAGACAUCCGCGACCAAUUCCACUGCGACGACCAAGGGCACGUGCUCUUCUUCUCCACACCGCCGGUGGAUUUCAUCCCGCCCUCCAAGAAGAAGCUUGGCCAUUCCCUCAAAUACCUCGCUACCAAAGAGGAGCAUCAGAAGAAGGUCGCGGAGCGGAAACGCAAGCUGGCUGACGAGAAGAUGGAACGUGAUGAGGCUGCGAAGCGCCAGCGCGCUGAGGUGGAGACUACACUUGCGGCCCGUGCCGAGGCGCUUACCGGUAAGGCGCUUGAGACGUUGGUGCAGCACGUCGUUGCGGGUACGGAUCAGCUCUAUGAAUCUCUCCAUUAA